UCCCGCCCUACGAACAAGAGUCCUCGCUUUUUGUGCAUACGCUGCGAACUCCUUACGGAUUCAGUGCUGUUUCGACACUUGGACUGACUCGCGAAUCAUUCUGUCCUCGUAAGACUAAACCACUAUGGUUGAAGUUCGUCAGCAAGAGGAGCAAGCGAGCACUGUACAGUGCAUAAAUAUCGCUGUCAUCGGCGACAGGUCAACUGGGAAGAGCUGCCUAUCGAUACGCUUUACCGAGGGUGAUGGGAUGGACCCCGAAGUCCUCAACAACAUGACUGCAACGAUAGGUAUAGGCACGCUGACGAAGGACAUAUUGCUGGACGGGAAGAAGCUGAAUGUGCUCUUGUGGGACACUGCAGGGCAAGAGCGGUUCCGUUCGUUGUCCCGCAGUUAUUACCGCCGUGCCGACGCCAUCAUGCUAGUUUACGAUAUCACCAACCGCCAGAGCUUCGAUGCACUGCCGUCCUGGUACACCGAGCUCAAGGAUCAUGCGGGCGAGAGCGUUGUGACCGCAGUAGUAGGUACCAAGGUCGACCAGGAAUCAUCGCGUCAAGUGCCGUACCAAGAAGGCCACCGCUUCGCUCAGCUGCACGACAGCCUCUUCUUCGAGACAUCCGCAGUGUCUGGUGAAGGCGUCGAAGAACCGUUCACGGAACUCAUUCGCAAGGCUAUUGCGACAAAGAAGACGGUAUAUCCCCCUCGACGACGCGCAUCCCGGGCGCAGCCUCAGGUUCGGUUGAGCAUGCCAUCCCCCGCUCCCAGCAAAGCGUCUAAGUGUUGCUGAGCGCCGGUUACUUUCUCGCUCAGAAUGGAACAUUCUGUAUUAUAGUGUUACUAUUAGCAUGGUGUGUGUAUGUUCGGAUGCAAGAAUGAUAUGUAAAGAUCAUGGUUCCUUUAC